GUGGCGCUGGCCCUGGGCGCUCUCCGUGCAGCGCCUCCGGGGCGGCCGCGGCCGCCGGGCAGCUCGGCGGGGACGGGAUGUGACCUUAACUUGCUUGGACUAUCUGAGUUCUCACAAGUUUCUUUGUAUGUGUGAGGUGGCAGUUUAUGUAAAAGAAGCACUGAGGUUUGUGACCAUUCCUUUCAAGAAUCAAAAACUUAGAAAAUGGAAGUAUCCUUGUUAUGUGAGGAAGAACAAGACCCACAGCCACAGCCGAGUUUCCAAGAAACCAGACAGACAGACGAUGAAGACGCUGAACUCAUCUUUGUUGGGGUAGAACAUGUGAAUAAGGACGCUGAGCUGAUCUUUGUUGGGGUUACUUCAAAUUCAAAGCCAGCCAUUUCAACCAUUUUGAACAGAGUCACCCCAGGGUCCCGCUUAAGAAGAAAUCAGGGUCACCGCAGAAGAAACACUGCCCACCGACUGCAGCCCACAAGUCCUGCUGGCGUGACCCCCGAAUCGGAAGUCGUGUCUGUCUUGCCAGCAUCCCCAUCUGAAUCAAGAUCGACAGACAGUCCUGUUGUUAUUGAGCCAUUGCAGGAAUCUGAUUACAAAAAUAAUUCACCGCAAGUCGUGCCUAGUAGCUCUUCGAAGUCAUGCUCUCCUGAGGUCAUAUUCAUAAGUUCAUGGCGUCGUCCAGUCAAAGCAGCACUUUCUGUAGGAGGUGUGAAGGAAAGUCCUCAUGUGUCAAAGCGACAUUCCGCUUCUGAGGUAGACGGCGGAAGUCCCCAAAGGCCCAAACUUAACGCUGAAGUUGCCAAGGGCGCUUCUUCAGCUCUGUCCCCUCUGGGUACUUGUCAUGCGGGGACUCAACAAAGUGCACCCUCAGGUGGUGGUUCAGUCACAUCAAACCGGGCUCAGAGUGGACCGCCUUCUCCAGCCACUGUUCCCGAAGACAGCAUCCAGUCCAGUCCCACGAGUGUAAACCCUGACAGGGAAAAUGGAUUGUCAAAAUCAGAUUGUUCAGGUUUAGAAAGUCAAAAGGAGACCAGUGAUCCUAAGAAAGGAAAUCUGAUCCUGUUACUUAGUGACUUUUAUUAUGGACACCACAGAGGAAAUGCUCAGGCAGAACAGAAAACACACUCAGCCUUUAAAUGCCUCCUGUGCUUAAAAGUUUUGAAAAACAUUAAGUUUAUGAAUCACGUGAAGCAUCACCUGGAACUGGAGAAGCAGAGCGGUGACAGCUGGGAAAAGCACGCCACCUGCCAGCAUUGCCACCGGCACUUUCCCACUCCCUUCCAGCUGGAGCGCCACGUUGACAACGUGCACACUGCCCAGGACUCUGCUGCUGUGUGCAAAAUCUGUGAGUUGUCAUUCGAAACAGACCAGGUUCUUUUACAACAUAUGAAAGACAACCACAAGCCCGGAGAGAUGCCCUACGUGUGCCUGGUGUGUAAUUAUAGGUCGUCGGUCUUUGCUGAUGUGGAUGCCCAUUUCAGAAAGUGCCAUAUAAACACCAAGAAUCUACUCUGUCCAUUUUGUCUUAAAAUUUUCAAAACUGGAACACCUUACAUGUGUCAUUACAGGGGGCACUGGGAGAGGAGUGUCCACCAGUGUUCCAAGUGUCGGCUGCAGUUUCUGACUUUCAAGGAGAAAAUGGAGCACAAGACUCAGUGUCAUCAAAUGUUCAAGAAGCCUAAGCAGCUGGAGGGGCUGCCUCCUGAAACGAAGGUUGUCAUCCAAGUGUCACUGGAACCUGGCCAGUCUGCAUCUGUAAAAGUCGCGUCCAUCACUGUAAGCUGCGAUUCUGAGCCCUCUUCCCUCAGGUCGAAAGGUAGAAUUUCAAAAAAGCCCCAUUAAUUCUAGUUUUGGUAAACUAAAAGUAAGUAUUUCAAUCUAAAUCAAAACCCUUGU